AUGUCUACCUUCCAAGACAAAGUUCAGAUUUACAUCGGGCAGAUCGAUAAAGAGCUUUCUAAGUAUCCCGCGUUCACAAACUUGGAAAAACACGUCUCUGUUCCCAAAGUAUACGUCUUUCUCGGAGUGAUAGCAACAUACUUCGCGUUUAUUUUUUUUAAUAUCGGUGGACAACUUCUCACCAACCUAGCUGGUUUUGUGAUACCAGGAUAUUACUCCUUGGAAGCCCUAUUCAGUGUAGGAAAAAGCGAUGAUACUCAGUGGCUGACAUACUGGGUCGUCUUCGCAUUUUUGACAGUAAUCGAAAGUUUUGUCAGCGCGGUAUACUGGUUCCCGUUCUACUACACAUUCAAGUUUAUUUUUGUACUUUGGCUUGCUCUUCCAGUCACUGGAGGCGCUCAGGUAGUCUUCAGAUCCUUCAUUCAACCGGUCUUUUCCCGUUAUUUCUCCGGAACUGGCGCUACUGCUGCAAAUCUUAGAUCCAAGGCUGAAGCGGUAAUCGACAAGACAAACUAA